AUGCGUCAGUAUGCCACGUGGUACAACGCGAGGGGUAUCGAUGCGAUCGGGUUCGUCAUUCCGUUCACCGACAUAUUCAGCGUCAGGCUCGGCGAAAAGGCGGAGCUGCACGUCGACGAUCUAGUCACGGAGCUCGAAAGAUGGCUCCUCGAGGGCGCGAAUCGCGGCGGAACGCACGGCGCGAUUCACGGCGGGAUGGGCGCGAAUCACGGCGGGCGUCGCACGCUGCUGUUCCACACGUUCAGCAACACGGGCUGGAUCGCGUACGGGGCGGCGCUGCUGCGCCUGCAGCGCAAGUACGGGAAAGCGGCGGUGGAUGGGAUUAUAAAGGGGUGCAUCGUGGACUCGGCGCCUAUACUGGAAGAAGAUCCCAAGGUGUGGGCGAGCGGUUUCUCAGCGGCCAUUCUGCAGAAGCGCAGUGCAGCGACGCGCAUGGGCUCGCUUGUCAUUGACUCUGUCGUCGCGGGCGGCAUAGUGCAGGCGUGUGGGCGGGCGGUGGGGGCGUGUGGGCGCGUAGCAGUGGCGGUGGUGAGGGUGGUGAAGGUGCGGCUGGAUGCUCUAGAGAGUGUGCUGGUGACGGCACUCUGGCUCAUCUUUCAAGUGGCUCUGCGCAUUCCCUACGUCAAAGGGAAGCUUGGUGAGAUAACCAACACUCUGCACCACCACCAGCCCAACUGCCCGCAGCUGUACUUCUACAGUGAAGCGGACAUUGUCAUUCCCCUGCCCGCUGUCGAAAAUUUCAUCCUCGGGCAGCGGGCCCAGGGCCACAGGGUGAUGUCGAUGCGAUUUGAAUGUUCGCCGCAUGUGGACCAUUUCCGGACAUUCCCCGAGCUGUACACGCAACAGCUGGAGACGUAUUUGAAAGCAUGCCUGCCGCACCGGUUCUGUCAGCAGCAGAAUGGUUGCCAGGAUGGGUUUGGUUACGAGCAUAGGGCAGUUGCAGCGGUGCACAAUGCUUGUGCUCUCUCGCUGCUCAUUCACGCUGAUCAGUUCUACCCGCCUUCACGGUCGCACUACCCUGCGUCGUAUUUCCCAGUCAGGCUUGGGCUUGGGAAUUCUGAGCCUGAGGCUUUUACAGUGUCGGCAUCUCUACCAGAAUCCGAGAUAGUCAAUGGACCCCCUAUAGUGCACAUGCCAGUGCGGAAACCAGAGAGCUUGUCAGUUGGAUUCGCAGUUCCAGAGGAGGAGAAGCAGGGGGCUGCCAUGUGGCAGGUUUAUGUUUUAGGCGCCUAUUUGAUUGGCACAUGGUUAUGGGCAAAGAGCAAAAAGGCAUCGAAGGAGGAUGAAAUCGCCAAAUUAACGAAGCAGUUGACAGAGCUUACAGACAGCAUGUUUGCUGAGGGUAUACUCGAUGAUCAGUUUACCCAACUUCAGCAAUUGCAAGACGAGAGCAAUCCGGAGUUCGUCGGAGAGGUCAUUGGCCUUUUUUUUGAAGACUCCGUGAAGCUUCUGGACGACCUUACUCAAGAAGUUAACGAAGACCCAAUUGACUUCAAGAAAGUGGAUGCGCAUGUGCACCAGUUCAAGGGUAGUAGUUCGAGCAUUGGAGCACAACGAGUGAAGGCAUUAUGCAUCAAGAUGAGAGGGUACUGCGACGAAGGAAACCGCGCGAAGUGCUUGAGCUCGCUAGACAAGAUCAAGGAUGAGUUUAAUCUUGUGAAGGACAAGCUGGAGCUCAUGAUGUCGUCCCUACCUGCUCCUUUUAGUGCCUCCCUCUCAGCGUGGGCUGAUUUUGUUCCCUCAUCUCACUGUCAUCCCAUCAUGGGUCGUCCAUCUGUACUAUCUUGUCAUGCCUACUCUGUGCUUACGUUGCUGUUUGAUUCCGCCCGAUCCUUGUCACACACAACUAAUUCACUGAAUUCUGCUUCUACAUGGUAUUCCAGCCUUCCAAUCCCUCCAUCUCUGCCUGAUCAACUGUCACCGUUUUGCUUUACCCUGUGCCUCCCAUGUUCAUUCAUGCCCUUCCAGCUGGAACGGAAGAUUUUGGCCAAAGGAGGGAAAUUGCCGUCAAUGGAGUAUUGA